AUGCUGAUCACUUCAAGGACAACUUCGCCGGAUGGAAGCAAGUCGCCUUGCUUAGAAUGUAUUCGUUCGGGUGAAGAGUGCAUCCUUGCAGGCUCACGGCGAGGAGGGGACUUUUCAAAGUUUCGCCGUUCAGCUAGAAAACAAAGGCUGAACUCAGUAUCCACUCCCAACCACGACGAUGCAAAUGAACUCGAGUUUCAACAAAACAGUGAAUGCGAGAAGGGGUCGGAGGACCCAAUCUAUGCAGAGUUAACCAAUCCCGGGGAUGCUCUUCAGAUUCUUGCUAGGCUAGCUGCGAGUGAUCCGAAACGUUAUAAUGAAGACACGAACCCAAGGGCUCGGAACUCACCAGAUAGCGAUUCUUGCAAAGAUGAGGUCAACUCCGGUGAAAAUUCCAUCAAACGCAUACAAACCCCCGCAUUGCAGCGCCCACUUUCUGAGACGGAGACAUUGGUGAUCGGCAUUCUUGGUACAGACACGGCUCGGAGCUUGUUGAAUCAGUAA